AUGCUGAACAAGAUACCUGGCAUGGCCAUCAGGAGGAAAAAGAGCCAUGCCUGGCACACCCUGGCACAAAUGGACUCCCAGGAUAGAUGCAACAACGUGUCCCUUGGCAGUAUGAUUCAUGAGACCGGGAUUUUGAGCAUGAACUUGGAGAGCGAAGACAAGGAUGUCAGGGAAGGAGGCUCUCUAGUUACUCAGAGCAACAGCAACUUGCUGCAUGAUGCUCAGUCCUGCGAAGAGGAAGCGAAGUGGACUGGGUCCUUCAGCACUGGCUAUGUGGAGCAGAAACCGGAGGAGAUGCCUGGGAGGACCAUCAACUGGGGGAAAAAGGAACUGAAGAUCACCCAGAUUCAAGACUCCCCUCAAUUAGAGGAGGCUUUCAGUGUCCCUUUCAGAGGCUUCUCACAGAGACAGCCUCCUAGGGACUCUGUGGGCAAUGAUGGAGACAAGAAAGCAAACAAGGACACAGCCUUGGGAGUCCCGACCAGUUUCUUGGAUAGUGAGGGGUCCUUUUGGUCACGGAACAGUGCAGAUUCAUCCCCCACAGAUAAGAACUCUCUAGAGCAGCUUCCUAGGUCCGAGAGCACCCCAGUUCAGACUUCAGUCACUCGUGCAAGCCCGGCAGCAGCGUUGGGCAAAGUGCAGGGCAGUAGAAAAGUACAGAGCCAGGUGGUCCCAGGAGGCAGAGGGCAGGAAGAGAGUCCCGACAGGUGUGUGCAGGACAGGCGGGCCCUCCAGAAGUCCAGCAAACUUCGUGUCCCCGAAGAGCACCAUGGUGCCAAACCCUAUGUGUGCCAACUCUGCGGGAAGGCCUACUCUCACCGCAGCACGCUCCAACAGCACCGGCGCCUGCACACAGGUGAGCGGCCGUACAGAUGCCCCUUCUGCGACAAGGCGUACACCUGGUCCUCCGAUCACCGCAAGCACAUCCGCACCCACACUGGCGAGAAACCUUAUGGGUGCCCGGACUGCGGGAGGGCCUUCGUGCGCUCCUCUGAUCUGCGCAAACACCAGCGCAACAUGCACAGCAACGAUAAGCCCUUCCCGUGCGCCCAGUGUGGCUUGACCUUCAAUAGGCCUCUGUCACUUCUGCGCCACCAGCGCACGCACCUGGGCGCCAAGCCUUUCCGCUGCUCCUCCUGCGGCCGGGAGUUCUCCGUGGCCAGCCGCAUGGUGGAGCAUCAGCGUGUGCACUCUGGCGAACGGCCCUUCCCCUGCUCCACCUGCGGCAAGUGCUUCACCAAAUCGUCCAACCUACAGGAGCACCAGACGCUGCACACCGGCCAGAGGCCCUUCAAGUGCGCCGAUUGUGGUGUGGCCUUUGCGCAGCCCUCGCGCCUGCUGCGCCACCAGCGCAUCCAUACCGGCGAGAGGCCUUUUCAUUGCGCCGAGUGCGGCCAAACCUUCGCCCGCUCCUCCACCCUAAAGCGGCACCAACAGAUCCACUCCGGGGACAAGGACUUCCUCUGUGCUGAGUGCGGCAGGGCCUUUGGAAUCGCAUCCGAGUUGGCGCAGCACAUCCGGAUGCACAAUGGGGAAAGGCCCUACAAGUGUGAGGGCUGCGGCCAGACCUUUACCCGCUCUAAUCACCUCCAACGACAUCAAGCCAAGCAUGAGACCUGCAAGAAGGAGCCUGCCCCUUCCUCUGCCUAUGAGUGA